GAAUAAUUUUGAGGUUAUCAUAGUUGUGCUGGUAUUUUUGAAGAAUGAGAAAAAAGUACUAGUUAUCGAUAAAUACUUUCAUCAAUCAUGUUUUUAGCGAUAUUAGGGAAAAUGUGUUUAUUUAAGUUAAAAUGUGUCCGUUAUACAGAUCCUUGCUAGCGGGCACUUGGGAUGCAUUUGUGAAACUAAAUAGUGAAAUUUGUUCUCUCAAAUGGAGGAUCCUGAACGACAUUUCGACUGGGAUCAUGGAUUUCCUGACAUAUCUCCUAUUUCUAACAACACAUCUUAUAGCUCAUUCAGAGUAAACCAGUCUUUAGAUAAAAACCUAGGCAUGUAUACUUUGCCUGAAUUUCAUAACGAAGAUAAGGACGAAUUUUUUAUUUAUGGGACGUGUAUAUCAGUACGUGGAGAGCAGUCUGAAUCCCGACCUGACUAUAUUGAUGAAACGGUAAAUGAUUCUCCAGUUCUUCCAGAAUAUACAUCAACAAAUGUUGAGGAAAGUUAUAAGUCAAAAAUUAAUGAAUUACACAAACAAAUAAGAAACUUAGAGGAGGAGGCUAGUCAGGUUCCUAUUCUGCAGGACAAUUUACGUUAUUUGUAUGAAGAAAACGUACGCCUUCAUGAGAAAGAUGAAAUUAAAGAGUCUCAUCGAUUUCAAAACGGUGAACACAUGGAUAGCACUGAUGAAGAAGUAGAAGAAAUUGUUGAAGAGGAAGUCCGAACAUAUAAAAAGGCUCCUAAAUCUGACCCUGUUGCUAAUGACCUUCCUAGUCCAAAUCACAUUGGUAAAUUGAAUAACGGGAUCGAUAAGAGCCAGUUUCCUUCGGAAUAUUGGUCUAAACUGGAGUCAUACUUCUACAAACGCUUUUUAUCGGAACGACCUUUUACUCAUAAAAUUGCCAUGCAGUCAUCGGAAGCUAAUAAACGCACCACAGCUACUAUGGCUUGUCCUAUCAAAUCGUCCGAAUUUAGAUGCGUUGGUAUCAAUGUUUGUCCGUCCAUUCAGGAAGUUGGAGUUCUCUGUUCACAACCAGAAACACGCGAAUUCGGCUGCCUUUUUUAUGAAACCGAGUCGAUGACUAAAGAAUGGUUGAAUCGAGUUUUCCCAAAAAUGGAAGACAAAAAUAAGAAGAUUGUACACAAGGUUAUACGAAGCUUUUAUGAAAGUCGUGAAGAAUUUGUUAGUACUUUGUUAUCAAUUAUUAAAAAGUCUGUUUGUCACGUGGGUAUUCAAUCUCAAAUAGUCAGCCAAUCUCGUGGUUGUUCACCUAUCCUAAAUGAAAUAGAAAAAACAGUCUCGAACCCGAACUUAGUCGGUCAGUCCCUUCAGUCACAGGUCUCUGAGUUUAUCCAGGCCAUGCCUGUUUUAAACAGUCGGUGUACUAUGACAAAACGUCAUCUGGGUGUUAAUGCUGGAUGUCUAACAGAGUCACCCGUCUUACGUAGUCAAGGUACCUCCCCAAAAAAGGAUUUACGAAGUUUUACUACAUGUGGUGUACAAUACGAAAGCAAUGUAGAAUUGGUUCAUAGGGCUUGUGAUCCAAUAUACCCUGAACUAAAACGUAUCGCAUCAUCAACACAAACACUUGAGUUCAGCAAAAUGGUCACUGACGUUCCUUUACAUAAAAAGGAUAUCAUAGUAAAGUCCUACCGAUCUACAGAAUCCUUUGAGAAGACUGAAAAACUUCCAAGUAUUCAAGAGACAAAUGAUUCGAAUUCUGUUUGCAUUACUAGGCCAUCGAGAUGUGAUUCUCCAAGGUUGAGUCAAACAAUGAUUCCAUUAUCGAGACUGCCUUCAUGUACAUCGAGUUAUUCUGAGGGUUAUACUGUAUCUACUGAAAGACGUAUGGUCGAUGAACUUUCACAACGUUAUAUGCUCUCGGAUAAAGUAAAUCUAGAUGAGCUAAGUUCUGGUGGGCAGACUGCAUUCCAGGAUGUUAUGUCAAAAAGUGUUGAUUUAGGAAGUACUCAUGUUAUAAAAGAAUUCCAACCAACCGUCGAAGUUUUUCAUCAUAUCGGUGAUGAAAUUGAAGAAGUUGAUCCUUCUACUUUGCCAGAUGAAAUGCUAUCCCCAUUUCGAGUAAAUUCACCUCCUGGGUUUCCUCUUUCCCCUGAUUUUAUUAAUUUGAAAUCUGAUCACAGAGUGCGCCAUAGUUCCGGUUUAUCUAAUCCACUGACUUCUGAUCCUCCUACUACGCCACCCGUAUUAAUACCUAUUAUUCAUGGACAAACUGCAAAACUCCCCGAGUCAGUCCCAAAACCAUCAUAUUCCAAAGUUCAUAAUAUGGAAAUUCUGAAACCUACUGCUGUCUCUUGGAUUCCUGUACGUAAUUACCGGUUCAUUUUAUCAAAUGAAGCAAAAAAAGCAUGUGAAUCUUUAAUUGGUUACUAUCAAGCUGAACCAACUGUUGGUAGAGCAGAGGAAAUGAAAGAUAAACUUCUGACUUUAGUGAAAAUUUGGUUUGAACUUGCUGCAACAUCACAAAUAGACUUACUUAGCAUUGAAGAUUUCAUUGCAAUUCUUCAUGAUCAUUCACCAUCUCUGUUACGCGAUGUAAUUCAAUCAAUCGAUGAAAACAACAGUACCUGUCUGCACUAUUCCGUUGGUCAUGGUGCUUGGCAAGUUGUCAAUCUGAUUUUAGAUACUGGACAUGCUCAUCCAGAUCAUAUUAAUCGAUCUGGAUUCUCACCUAUUAUGAUUGCUACGCUUAGUAAUAUAACUGAUUCUAGUGCUUUAAAAACACUUAGUCGACUAUUCAGUAUGGGUGAUGUUAAUCUCUGCACAAAUACAUCUGCUCGCCAAUCUCCACUUAUGUUAGCUGCAUUACAUGGAGGUGUAGAUAUUUGUUCUUUGCUUAUUGCACAUGGUGCUAACAUAAAUGCUCAAGAUGCUUCUGGUAAUACUGCCUUAAUGUAUGCAAUAGAACACGGUCAUAUCGAUGUCGUAAAAUGUCUCCUUGGUUGUAGAGACUUAGAUUUACCUUUGGUCGAUAACAAUGACAAAAAUGCUCUUGAUGUGGCAAAGUCAAAAAAUGAUUUAGAAAUAUUGAAUUUGAUUCAAUUGGCUUAUAGUGUUCCUUCAAAGGCAACUUCAUCCACCACUGAAAUUUCACCUGGAACCAGGUUAGUACAUAUUAUUUAAUCGAAUUCUUGACAUUUGUUCCUGUGAUACUCAUAAACUUUAUGAGUCUAUCUUGUUUACUGUUGUACAUUUGGUUUUUAUUGCGAUAUAUUUGGUUUAUCCAUAUGAAAGAUGGUUAGUUCAACCAGUAUAUCCGCUCAACAGCAUUUUUCUUAACUCACUGACAGUUGUAUAUAAGUGUAUACAAACGUAUAUAUAUAUACAUAUUUCAUACAAAAAUUCAAUCUUCCUGAGUAGAUAUUUGUGAACCAACAGUAUUUGCACACAACACAAUUAACAUGAGUGUAUUCACGUAGUUUAUUGUUUCUUCUAUUUAAUAAAAAAUAUGGAAUGUAAUUGUUCUACGUUUCUGCUCUGUUGACUCCUUUUCGUUUUCUAUUUUCUAAUAUAUAGAUAUAAAUCAAUAUAAAAAUAGUUUUUCUUUAGGUCAUUGUAUGCAGAAUAACAUGAGUGUAUUUGUGCGCCCGCUUUGUUUGCAUUAAAAAUGAACAUAUUCGAUCUUUUAUAUACGAAAGCUGUCCAAUAUUUGAAAAAAUCUAACAAGAUUAUUCAUUAUUGUUGUAUGAACUAUGUAAAUUACACAGAGAGUCAAUUUUAAUUUUGUUUCUAUUCGACAAUGUAUAUAGAUGCUUUUUUAUAUUUGUUAAGUUAUUGUUAACUUAGCUAGUAAAUUGUUUAUUACAUGUAUAUGAAUUCAUUGUAAAGUUCAUCAUACUGUGGAUCGAUAAUAACUAACUGUCGUUAUUAGUCUUUUUCAUAAACACUUACAUCAUUUAUUGUGUCCCAUUAAGCGACAGGAGGUACUCAAUCCUACUUUAGAAUUAUCCUCCAGUUGUGUAUAUCAUAUAAUUUAUACGGUGUUGUUUCUAAGAUUUUCAGAUCUUACUGCUUCUUUACUACCAAUAUACUACUUAGUCAGAAUCCUAUCAUGAUUUCAUCUGGUAGUUACUCGGUAUACAAAUAAUUCACAACUUUUCAUAUAUUUAUAAUAAUUGUUAUGUCUUUAUAUUCUAGAACAUAAGAUACGGGAAAAAUAAUCCAACUAUAAUUUCGGGUUAGCUCAAAUACUUUUUGCUAUUGCUGUGAGCAUAACUUUUCUUUAAUCUAUAUAUUCUGCACGGAGUAUACAAAAAUUUGCACAUACCAAUCCUAUUACUUCCUCUUGAAAAAAAGACAACUUAUUAGCUUUUCACGUUUUUUUUAAUUUUGGCUAGGUGUAUAAAACAGUUUUCAUCAUUGAUUCAAACUUAAUUUUUCCACACUUCCCACUUAUUUUUACUAUCACGUUUUUUCGGGGUUUUUUUUACGUGGAUUAGUUGACUGGUGAUACCUUAAGAUGUGAAAUUCAUUGUAUAAACUACUUUAUGUGUUAAACCAAAGGUUACAUUUUCAUUGUAUAAGGUUAAACCACAGUAAAACUUUUCAUCUGUCAUACAGUUAUAGACAAAGUAGAAUGUGCUUUGACCCAAGUUGUCACAUCUCACAUUAGUACAGUAAGGAAGGAAUUUAAGGGGAAUUUCUUAAUUAAAAAGAGGAUUCAAAUUUAUAAUAAUUAUUCUAAAUCCCAUUUACAGUGAACCGUUUCAGCAUGAAACUUCAUAAUCUAUGAAGUCAUAUCCCACCUACGGUUGUAUGAACAUAUCCAGGUAAACCUAAGCGUUUUCAAAUGUCUGGUCGAAACAUCCACCAUCAAAUCUGAAAUUUACCCUAAGAUUUUCAAUUCCCAGCCUCCAGAAACUUUAAUUUCGAACAAUCUCUUUGUAUCAGUUACAUGCAAGUUUACAUCUUAUUUCACACAUUCAAGCAAAUCUCAGAAAUCAUUUUAUUUAACCAUUAGAUCGUGAUGUAAUCAUAGGGUUUGUAAUAACUCUGAACUACCAUUUUCUUAGACUGACACGUCAAUACUUUCUACUCCUUUUGUUCCAUUUAAUUACUACGACCUUUUAAACGUCGCUAAGAACUAGGGGUUUAAUGUUAUUGUCGAAUUAACACUGUCCCAAGAAUAUAAGCAAAUGCAAAAUAACUGAGGAUAACUUGUUUUCCUAUACAACCACCAUCUCAGUAAUGCUAUUUUCAUGCAUCCUCAUGGUGAUUCUUUCAUAACCGAUGAUUUUAAAUUGUUAACAAAUUUUCUAAGCUUUGAUAACCCUAUAUUAGUUGAUUAAUGCUAAUGUUUUGCCCAUUAAAUUUAGAUCUUUAACAAUCAUUUUGAUUUCCCUUACUGAUAUGUUUCUCUCUUGAUGUGGAUAAGGGUUAUUCGACUUAAUUAACGAGAUUUUUUCCAAUGUAAAUUGAGUAAAUAAAAAUCUAGCAAAGGGAAUAUUUUUCUUUAUCAUUAAAUGAAUCUUUAUUUUCAUGUCAUUAAAGCACAUGUCCUUCUAUCUUUUAUUUCAAAUUAUUUAUCUUGCCACCAUAUUUAUAAUUUCAGUGAAAUUAUUAUUAUUUUUGAUGUAUAAAAUAUAAUGCCCAGUUAUAGUUUAUCUGUUUGAUUAACUCUUGUAUCACUUCUGUUGCGUGUGUAUUUGUCCACCCCUAAAAGUAAAGUGUGCUAGAAAAUUAGCAGAUUUCUUAUAAUGUUUUUCACUUUCAUUCUACCUUACUCAAAAAGUUAUAUUCCUAAGAUAUUUACAUAGAUCUUCAUUAUCCCCAUUGUUUGUAUACAAUGAUAGCUAUUUCUUAAAUUUCCAGUAACAUUGUCCCAAAUGAGGCUAUCUAUACAACUUUGAAAUGGGUUCUCAGCGGUAGACUUUAUAAGCCUGUUUGCUCUUACAACAUAUUCAUUCUGAGUCGUCAGAUAAUCAAAUAGUUUAGUAAUUCUUUGUAUACAGGUGGUUAUUUUACGCUCUAUUUCUUCGACAAAAUUUAAAAAAUCACUACAACUUAAUUGAAUGAAUACCAAAGUAAAAAACUUGUAGUUUGUAGUUCUACCUCAGUUGCUGAACAAUUUUACUUUAAAGCUAUCUUUACUUAUAGUAUUUUUCUUACCACUUACUUUCAAAUUUCAGUAAAUAAGUUCAUCGAACUACUCCUAAGCCCUUUAUUCAAAUAUAUUAUCUACAACAUAAACUAAAUAAAUAAAUACUCAAAUCUUCACUGUUAUUAUAAAUUCAUACAAUUAUUCGUCAAUUUUAGAACGAACAGUUUGACAAAAAUUGUACACUGAGUAUAAUAUUAUUAUAAAUGUUUGGUCACUAGGUUAAGGGAUACGCUUAAAAUUAUUGAAACAGGUCUGUAAUAAUGUAUAGCCAAUAGAAUUUUAUUUAUUCUACUGGCCCUUGGUUCCUGUUUAGCUAUCAUUUCGCAUAAUUAAUGAAAUUUUCCUGAAGUUUAUUUCACUCCUUGUUUCUAUUGCUUGAAUUUCUUUACAGAUAUGCUGUUGAACGAAGAAAUACACAUAGAUUACUGUUAGACCUAUGUGACUUACAUCAAAUUCCCAUCCCAAAACCAAUUCAAUAGUGUUUGUAGUUACUAUUUAAUAUUAAUUUACUUCUUUUGUUUUGAAAUAUUUCUUUUUUUCUCAUAUUAAUACCAUUUAUUCAGUACUUUAUUUUGCUUGAUUGUUUAAUAACUCCUACACUUCCUGUUUCUUGUAUUGGGAUCAUUCCUUUUUUUCAAUUUUUGCAAUUACUACACUACAUUUUAUGAAGGCUGUGUAUCUUUAUUCUUUAUUCUUUAAAACAAUUAUAUUAAAAUAUUGUAUACUAAUUAUUAGCCAGCUUGUUUACUAAUUCUAUAUUUAUUUUAUAAGCUUUAUUAUGUUAUUGUUUUCGGAUAUUUUUAUAUUUACAAUUUAUUUAUACUUAUCAGUUCAUUACUACAGUUGUUGUAUUUUAUAUUUUAUGAUAGUGUAUGUUCGUCAUCAUUAUGUAUUUGCCAUAAUAGUAUUCGCAACAUUUUAAAGUGAUAAAUUGUUUGUAUACCUUAUAUAAUACACUACCUUUUCUUUAUCCAACCUGAUUUUCGUGUAAUUCUCCGUAGUUUAAUCAUAUUAAUGAAAAUGCUUACAAUGAGUUGUAGGAAAAAGUUUGGAAUGAUAAAUACCUGAUGAAUUCAGCAGGGAUUCAAUUUACCACCAGCUGAAUCCGUGAAAGGAAAGAUCUAUACCCUCGAUUUGGCAAUAUCGAUUGAAGAUGUUUCUUACAUCUGUAGAAGUUUGGUCUUCGACGGUCAUUAACAUGAUAAAAUAUAUAUGACAAUUCUUCAAACAGUUGUAUAUAACGUGUUACUACCAUCUGACAUUCAUAAGUGCUUGGGAUGUUCACAUAUUUGAAGAAAUAAUAUUUAAAGUAACUUAUAGAUUUCUGAUACCUAUACUGAUUUUGCUGUUGAUUCUUCUGAACACGUAAUGAUGUCAGGAUGAAAACUUAUUUUAAUCACUUCGCAGACUCGAUUUGGGCAAUGCUUCCUACUAAAUUUGGGACAAAUGCUAUUAUUGGAAAUAGUCUCUAAAAAGUUGUUUAGUAGCUACUAAUCUAAGUCAAGUUCCAACCGGGAAAAAUGAGUGGAAAGUAUAUAGUAGUAUUUCGUUUACAUGACUUAUAAUUAUUCUAUUAACCUGAUGGCGUAUGCUUUGAUAGUAAGGAGAUUAAUUUUUCAAUGUUUCACAAGACGAACCUGAACCACAACAUACCAUGUCACAAUGUGAUCGUACGGAGCAAAAUUUGCUUGCUUUAAUAAGCACCUCCAGAAGGUUAUAUCAGUUCUUUGAAGUGCUAGAUGCCUAUAAAUCACUUUACUAACUUUUUAUUAUUGUAUUUUAAUUGUAGAACUUUGGGUUCUUCAUUUUCGCGCCAAAGGAGGCUAUUAUUACCUUCACUUUGUGUUUCUCGCCUGGAAGAACUGCGAACAACAUUCGUCCGUUCUCUCAUUUUGUACACCAUUUCGUGAUGCUGAUCAACUACAUUUUCGUUUUGUAUAUAUUAUGCAUGAGUUAUGUGCUUAUCAUUCGCUCUUCUCAGCUGCUCGUGGAAUUGUGUUUUCUCGGCUGAAUUUAGCAUUCUCAAUCUAAUUAGCAAGGCUGGGGCUCAGAGGAAUGCUUUAACUUGUCCUGCUUUUUAUCCUGUUUGCCGGUUCAAGGUGAUAUCUUGAUCCUUCGAACAUAACCAUAGGUCCAAAUCCCAACAGAUAUUUGCACGAUGAUUAAAAAGUUGGAAUUUCUGUCAAAACAAUCCAAUUAUCCUUGCAUGUUCCUUCCUGCACGAUCUAAGAAUUUGACGAUUUAAAUGCAAUUAAUGAGAUUUUUAUUUCCAAUGAUAUAUUCCUGUCUGAAUAUGAACGGUCUCUUCUGUAAAUAUGAAUUUGUCUGUUAUAAUUAGCCUAUUUGUGCAAAGGAUUGUCAGAAGGUGGUUUCAUUUCCUUUUCGUUGCAGUAUUUGUGUCUGAUUAAGACGAAGGACAUUUGCUCGAAAGUGAAUCGAGAAGCGAAGUAGUUUCACGAGUAUCUGCACAACAAAAAAUAACUCAGAAAUAAUCUGAUACUAGUGUUUUGAGACUGUCGAUAUAUUUUUAUUGCUAUCGAAGUUCCAUGGUGCACUUUUCAUACGUGUAUCCGAACGUUGUACUCGUCAUUUUAUGAUCGAUCACCGAAGGCAAAUUAGCUAAGUAAGGACUAUCAUACCAAUGUCCUUGAAUAUAUAUUUCACUAAUUAAAUUGACUAGUAUAUACAGCAGUAAUAAAUAAUCGAGGUAUGAUUGAGAUUAUUCUGCAUGUCUGUAGUAUUUAUACAUCAAUAUUGUAAUAGGAUAUGAUUAACUAACAGAGCGAUGGGCAACCGGGCAAAGGAAUAUUAAGAGGAUUCACAUGUAGGCAUUCGAAGUAAUCACACAACUGAGCACAAAUUAACAAAUAGGCUUAAAUCAAAGUAUUUUUCAGCCACAUAGUCCAGUACACGCACCAAAUUGUAUGGUUAUAUACCACCACUCUCAAAAGACUUCGCACUUUGAGCG